AUGGAUAGAAGGUGAAUGUAUCACUACUCUUCGAUAGCGGAUAGGACGGUGGUGUCUCUUUGUAAGAAGAAAUAGUGUCUGAUAUGCGAGUUGACUCUGCUUACUAAACAUUUUAUUAUAAAAAUGCGGUUUAAACAAAUUAUUUUUGUUGGUACAGCGGUCAUUACAACUGUCAUAAUUAUUGCUUUUUUAAUGUACUAUUAUAAUCAAGAUGCAUGCCCCAAAGGAACUUUUUUUUGUACCCACACCGUAUCUUGUAUUCCUCAACAGAGUUUGUGUAUUGAAGACUUUUACGAUGAAUAUUCAACUAACACCUCAUAUUUAUGGUAUUCUAAUCCGUGUUUUUCACCGUGGCUGAGAAGUAAUGACAAUUUCGAUUGUCUUUUCAUAAAAAAUGAAGACAAUUUAGGAAAUUUGUAUAAUUCUGAUAAUGAGUGGCCCUUAAUCGCAUCAAGCUAUCAAACACCUCUGAGUUUGAUUUGCAAAUCAUCUGAUUGUCCAGAAAAAUGUAGAUGUGAAAAAUGUGCUGUUACAUGUGAAAGUUAUCUUGCAAUCCCGCACAAUUUGUCUCUAAACGUAACAAAAUUAACAUUGAAUAACAAUUUAUUAGCAAGGUUGAGUACAAAUGAUUUCAGAAGAUAUGAAAAAUUGGAAACUCUAUCUUUGAAGUUUAACAAUAUUAAAUCAAUUCAAAACGACACUUUUGCUAAUAGUGGCUACCUGCAAUCGCUAAUUUUGUCAAACAACAACCUUGAAGAAAUAUUACACGGGCAAUUAUCAGGAUUACGAUCGUUGGAAAAAUUAUCAGCUGAUAAUAAUCAUUUAACGAUGGUGGAUUUCAAUGAUUUUACUUCGAACCAUUCUCUAAAAUGGCUUGAUUUAAGUAACAAUAAUUUAAUUUCGGGUCGUACGUAUUUAUUUUCUCUUCAAUCACUUGAAUACUUAAAUUUUUCACACAACGGAUUAACAACUCUAGUAAGAAAAACAAUGGAUAUUCAUUACAAUUACAACAAACAAUUUUCUAAAUUCAAACGUUCUAUAAACAGUAAUUUUGGAAUUUUUAGAGGACUCUCAAAUUUACGUUGUCUAGAUUUAUCAAACAAUAAACUUGUCAUAAUAUGGUCGGGAGCGUUUGACGGAUUACGCUCAUUGAAAAAAUUUUUAGCUAUUGAUAAUCUACUACAAUUAGUAAAUUUUCAGGAUUUUGAAAACAGUACAACUCUUGAAACAAUUGAUCUCAGUGACAACGAACUGAUAUAUGAGAGUUUAAAAUUUUUUUAUCAACCUGGACUAAAAGAGUUAAUUUUAAAUCAAAAUUUAAUCGACAUAAUGACUGAUUCACUUUUACGUAAAUUUCCGAAUUUAAAAUUUUUGAGCCUUGAAAGAAAUCAUGUAUGUUACAUUUCGUCUGAUGUUUUCAAAAACGUUAAGAACCUCGUUGAAUUAAAUGUAUCAUAUAACAAAUUGAAGCGCUUACCAAUCGAUUUAUUUCUUUUAUCAUCUAAUCUCAGUGCUCUUGAUUUUAGUUAUAAUGACUUGAAAACGCAUACUAUUUAUUUCACUAUGUCACAUAGUGGAGUACAAUGUUUAGAUUUUAGUGGAAAUGAGAUUGAUUAUAUUUCUCAUGAACUUUUAAACUAUUUUCCUAACUUAAAAUAUCUGAAUUUAGAGAAAAAUAAAAUCAGUAAUAUUUCCUCUGGAGCUUUUAAAUCUUUCGCCGAACUCGUUGACUUAAACUUAUCAGGCAACAAAUUGAGGGAUUUACCGGAUAAUUUGUUCAAUUAUAAUUUACGACUCCAAAUACUAAAUUUAUCAUUCAACAAAUUAAAGUAUUUACGAGAAGAAUUAUUUAGUCCACUUACACAUCUCACCACAUUAAUACUUGGAUUCAAUCUCAUUCAGUCGUUCAAAUUCAAGAUUCUCAAUUCAGCACUCAAUCUUCGUAUUUUAGACCUUGAUGAUAUCACUAUAGAAGACGAUGAAGAAAAUGCUCUGAAUCGAUUCCAAGAGUUAUCUAUCAUAAUCUUUAAAACAUUAAGGUACUGCCAGAUAUACGGUAUUAAUAUUAGAACAUGUCGACCGGAAACCAAUGGAGUAUCGUCGUUAUCAGAUUUAUUAAGCAAGCCUUUGCUGCGAGUCGCGGUUUGGGGAAUUUCAGUUGUAACGCUUGUGGGCAAUACUCUAGUUCUUUGGGGCCGAUUUAUCUACAAGGACGAAAACAGAGUUCUGAGUAUAGUGAUUAGAAAUCUAGCAGUAGCAGAUAUGCUAAUGGGAGUGUACCUAUUAGCAAUCGGUUUAGAAGACUUUAAUCUUCGUGAUAUGUACAACAAGGAAGCAAACAAAUGGAUCUCUUCUUGGCAGUGCACAUUCUUAGGAAUGAUUGCAAUGAUUUCAUGCGAAGUUUCGGUAUUAAUUUUGUCAUUUAUGUCCAUCGAAAGAUUUAUAGUAAUAGUAAUAGCACCAUUCAAUGAAGCUCCUAGUUAUUUUACUUGCCGAAGUGUUACGACUUCAAUGAUAAUCAUUUGGAUAAUUGGAAUUUUACUAUCCGUAAUUCCAGGAAUUUACUGGAGAGAGAGCACGAGAUUUUAUGGAUUGAAUGGAAUGUGUUUUCCUUUACAUAUUGAUGAAGCAUUUAUGAUCGGUUGGCAAUAUUCUGCCUUCAUAUUUCUUGGAGUAAACCUUCUUGGCUUAAUAAUAAUCGGUUCCGUUUACUUGGGGAUGUUCAUCAGCAUUCGGCGAAUAAGACGCAACACUCCACUAAUUCAUGCAGAUUCAGAAAUCGCCUUGAGAUUGUUUUUUAUUGUGUUAACUGAUGUACUUUGCUCAGCACCAGUUAUUGUAUUAAAAAUUUUCACUUUGCUAAACGUUUUAGUAGCGCCUGAUGUACAUGCUUGGGUAGUUGUCUUCGUCCUUCCGGUUAAUAGUGCAAUUAAUCCAAUCCUCUACACAUUUACAGUACCCAAAUUUAGGGAACGGCUAUUCAAAUGUUGCCUUCGAAAUUAAUUAAUUAAUCGUCUUGCAUAAAAAUACUCGAUUAAUAUACGGUAUAGGUAUUUUAAUCGUUAUUAAUUAAUACCUCUACAAAUUUAUUUUUCAU